GGUUCACACUGAGCUACUUUUUUCAUUGACAUUGUUCUCAUCUGUCAAGUUAAAGAUCUCCAUGUGUUCUUUGAUUAUCACUCAUGACUUGGAAGUACCAAUCCCAUCAGUUUGAUGGUCCACUCAGAGAAGACAAGUUUGCCUUUGUGAUUCUUGGCUGAUGUCUCUCCAUCAAGUUCUGUCACCUCACAGUUGCCCUCUUCACCUUACACCUGGAUCACCAUAAAUAGGGAAUUCUGCUAUCAAUGGACCAGUUUGAAGCAUCUUUUUUCAGUCUAAUGCAAGUUAUUGACUUUAGUGGCAUCUGCCCACUCCUCCAAGCUCCAGUCUAUCACUGUCUUACUAUUAUCAUCUCCAUUUUACAGAGGGAACUAAGGUUGACAUUAGUUUUUACUUGCCCCAAAGCUUCACAACUAGUGUCUGAAGCUAGUCUUCUAUUGUAUAUAUGUGGUCAACAAAACCAAAAGGUGUUCCUAAUCUUGGGCUGCUUUUUCUACUUCUAAAAAGUAGCUGACACUGUUCUUACAGGGCUAUGUCAAAACUUAUGCUGUAUAUUCAUUUCUAUUAUAUGUUCUUCCUUUGCUGUAUAGAUUUUUGAUUUCACUUCAUCCAUAUCAGACAACUUUUUCUUCAUCAGAAUUAUUUUCCUUUGUGUCUUCAGAAUUUCGUUCUUGAGAACUUAGGGUCCUCCGAUUAACUUUGCAUUCUUCUUGAGCGAUUCAAUAAUUAUCUUUUUUUUUUGCUAACUUAUUUUUAUACCAUCCUUAUUUUAAUACUCGCAUUUAUGUAGCUCUUAAGGUUUUCCAAGUGCUUUACUUUUUUCUUCAAGACAAUUUUGAGGGUAGCUAUGAUUAUCUCCAUUUUUACGGGAGGAAAUUAAGGCCGACAAAGAUUGAAGUGAACUGACCAGAGAGAGUCCCACAGAACUCAGAUCCUGGGCGUCUCCAGGUCCAGCGUCUGCUACUAUUGCGCCAUCUAGCGGCCUGAACUUCCCAAGCUUAUUAAAAUGAUUACAGAGCACAAUAAAGGUAAUCUUGAUGAAAAUUUGAGAGCCAAAAAUAUCCAGGUAGGGGGAGUAGUGUGGCGCACGCGCACCAGUCCACUGACUGUCCAUCGUUAAGUGCCCGCUCACAAAGAUUAUAACGGUUAUUUAUCCCGGCGACCAAAGAAGGGACCGUAUUCGAAAGACCGUAUUCCUCUGGCAUUAACUUCUUAUCCUGGUCUGGAGAGAGAUCGCCAAUCAAUCCUUGCUCUGCUUCUUUGUAUUUCCCGUUUUCACCCCUCAAUGUCUCAUCGCACAACUACAGCUCUCGAAAUUGCCGCUGGACCAACAAGCGCGCCUUUCCUCGGCCCCGCCUCCCGCACGGAGGGCGGCCUGUGACGUCAAAGUACGCGACCCGAAGAGGCCUUUGGGACCCGCGCGAGUGAAAGGAGAACCUCUCUCGUGGGGAUCUGAACUCAAGCCCCGUGACGCCAUCAGGGCGCGUCUGCGGGGAGCCGCAUGUGGGGCUGGCUUGGGCAAGACAGGGUGGGAACUGGGAAACCUUAGAGAAAAUGCUGCAGCUGCUCGCUAGCCGCGGCGAUCUGGUCCUGCUCCGAGAUUCAGUGGAGUGGGAGGGCCGGAGCCUGCUGAAGGCUUUGAUUCGGGAGAUCGCCCUGAAAGGAGAGCAAGUGCAUGUCCUGGGCUGCGAGGUAAGCGAGGAGGCUUUCCGGGAAGGCUUCGACUCGAAUACCAACCGCCGGCUUGUUUACCACGAUGUCUUCAGAGAUCCCCAGGGCUGCGCCGGGAUCGGGGGGCCCUUGGGAGCCCUAAGAGCAUGCUUGAGGGGAGCAGACCCCGGCCCCUGCACCCUCGCCGUGGACUCUCUCAGCUGGCUGCUGCUCCACGCUCCCUGCAGUGCCCUCUGCCAGGCGCUGCGAGCUCUGGGCCGGGGCCGCGUUCACCCUGGCCAGGUCCGUGUUCUUGGCCUGCUGCAUGAGGACGUGCAUGGGCCGGGGCCCUUGGGCGCCUUGGGGAGUCUGGCCCAGGUGGAGGUGACUGUGGGAGGGAGCGCGGACUGCGCCGUGGCACGCGUUCUGCGGCCUAAGCCCAGGCAUCGCCCCACUGAGCAGACGCAUUGGUUCUCCAUACUGCCUGACUUCAGCCUGCAGUUCCAUAGGGAAUCCUCUUUGGAGGCCCAGCUCCAGCACAGACCCCCUUCGACCACAGCGGACGUUCUGGCGGGCUUAACCUUUAACAUCCACCUAUCGGAGAAGGAAAAAGAGGCCCGGGAUACGCUAGCCCUGCCCUUCCAUUUCAGUUCUGAAAAACAACAGUCCCUGCUUCGUCCUGCUCCAGCCUCGUCUGCCAGCCAAAUAUUUUAUGAGCCUGAUGCUGAGGACUACCUGGACCAGGAAGAUCCAGACGAUGACCUAGAUGUCUGAUGAUUCAGGAAGGCCUAGACCCGGGAACUGUAUUAUACUCAUAUCUCAGCUUCGUGUAAGCCAAAAAUUGACAGAAUUGCUUUUGAAAAUCCCUCAAGAUGCCCAUUAAACGUAAUAACAGUAUCUUUCAACAGUUGUAACUGGAAAAGGGUUAGGAUCUCUUUUUUAAAAGUCAGUCUACUAGAGAGGAGAUUGCACAGAAGUGGUUGCUGUAGAAAUAAUUGGAUAUAAAUUUUAUUUUUCACUAUAGCUAACUAUUGAUCAGAAGAUAGAAGACUAACUUGUCUUCUUAAAUGGGGGGAAAACUGAUGGUUGGAAGGUGGGGGAAGACUUUUGAUGGUUAGGGAGUUUUUUACAUAUUCAUAUGAUUAUAUUAAAGAUGGACUCACAUCACAAUAUAAACUGUUUCAUCAGGAAAUGCGAGGAAACAGUUAAUCAGGGGCCUUCUAACUGAUCAGAAAUUCUCAUUAGCUCUUGCCAUUCUCAAGAUUAUAGAUACAGUUAAGAGAUUCCAAAAUCACUCCAAAUCAUGUACUCAUUGUACCAUUGUAUGUAAUAACAGGUUUCAUCUGUUAUUUGAAUUAUUUUUCUCUUUUUAAAUGAUUGUCCAAAUACAAUUAAGUUAAUUUGAGAUUAAAAAUAAAAGGGUGGGAAAGAGUUUGGUUAAAUUUGGAAGAAAAGGAGAAUCAAAGGAGGGGUUGGACCACUGUUGGUAGUGGAAAGAUUAAAACCAUUAAUGGAGAGAAGAGAGUUGCAUGGUUUUUAUUUUGAAUGUUUUCUCUACUAAAGAGAAUAAUCUUUGGAAUAUAAAGGGCAGGAGGAAGAGAGAGCAGGUAUCAAGAAUGAAUUUCUUUCCAGGUUAAGCAUAAUGGUAUUUAUCAGAGAGGAGCCUCAGAUAUGUUGGAUUAGGGCACUUCCAUGGAAUUGGGCCUCCUCCUUCCCACUGCUACUCAUACCUAUGCUUUAACUAGAACACUUCUAUAAAUCUCAACAUGCUUCCUAGCUUCUUCAGUGGCCCCAUAAUAAAUCUCUUCAAAUGACACAUAAGCUUGGAAUCUUGCUCAGGAAUAUUCCAGAACAAAAGCUCCUGAUUGGUCUCUUAGUCUCUCACAGAUGAGGAAGGGGAUCUAGGGGUGCCAAAAAUGAUAGACUACUGAGCCAAGUCUCUCUGUAGAGUUUAAAGGAAUGCUUUCACCAUCUUGCUCACUGUCUUCCUGAUGGUCAAGUAUGUCAAGUUUAACUCAGACUUUCAAUGAUGAGAGAGACAAUUGAUUCAUCCCUUCACAGUUUUGGCAACUGCUCAUACAUAGCAGUGAGAAUAUGUGCAGUCUAAGACUGAUUAAAUCGCAAUGCCCUUAGCUUCUUCCUUGUUUCUUACACUGAGCAGAGUCACCAAGUAUUAGUCCUGAGAUGAAUAUUCCUAGUCUUGGCAGCAAUCUUGUAAACUCAAGAGUCUCUGAUUUCCAGGAUCCAGUGCAAUUUGCGUAGUGGAAAGUGUUUCCUGUUUGGACAGUAUUUCUUAGAAGAAAAGAAAACUAACCACUGACAGGAUGAGCUUGGUUUGCUAGAAAAAAUGGGCCUUGAGUGAACUGAGCAGAUGGACAGCACAGAGCUGAAGUGAAAGUGUUUAAGAUUUGCUGGUUUAGCAGCCCCACAAGUUUCCUAGAAACCUUUAUCUUUUGGGAGAAUAUAAUAAAAAUUAUGAGUUACUAUAUCAUGUUUAAAUAUUGGUCAGUGUGUGCUUUUGAGUCUUGUUUUAAACAUUUCCUUUGUGAUCAAGGAAAUAGCCAUCUAAUACUUUGUAUGUGUUUUGUACUUUAUUAAGUAUAUAGUAUAUAUUUAUAAAUUAUAAGAUUUACUUGAUAUACUGAGCAUCUUUCUAUAAGGGCUUUUUCAUUAUUUUGAGGCAAUCUGUCCUCAGACAUUUAAUUGUGUGACUCUGGGGAAGUCACUUAACCCCAAAUGCCUCACCAAAAAAAAGAAUUAAAACAUUAUUUUUGGGUAGCGCCUAAUCAUUGGUCAAACCAAAGAUUUAAGAGAUGUCCCCUCAAGGGCCUUGGAAUAAAGGUGUAAUGCACCACAUAUUGCUACAGAGCUGAUGCCCUUGCUUUGGAUUUUUUUCUCCCUCCAAACAGGAACUUGAUCCUUAUGAGUCCAUAUCUGGGUCCUCAUUGCUGGAAAGGAUAUAGCCCUUGUGCUGUUGUUCCUUGCAUAGGUAAUAAAAUAAUCAGAGAGUGUAUGGCUGUUUGGUGUAUUUCCCCUUUUCAAUCAAUCAACAGACAUUAACGGCCUACUGUGUGUUAGUUACUGUGCUAAGCAGUGAGCCUUUUGAUAAUAGAUAGUUCAUAAAUUAAUCAAUGUCAUUAUUUGUUCAUCAAUUUCCCUAAUUUUUUAUUUCUUAACAUGGAAUAGUGACCUGGGGAAGAACAGGAAAUGUCUUGAUUCUAAGACAGACAAAAGGUAUUAACAAAACAAAAACAAAAUUGAAAAUUUUAGUGUUGAAAGACUAGAGAAUUUGUACGUUUUAUAUUGAUUAGAGAAAUGCAAAUUAAAACAAUUGAAGUACCAUCUCAUACCCAUCAGACUGGCAAAUAUAACAAAAAAGGAAAAUGAUCAAUGUUGAACAGAAUGUGGGAAAACGGACACUAAUGCACUGUUAUGGUGAUGUGAAUUGAUCCAGCUAUUCUGGAGAGUAUUUUGAAACUGUACAAAAGGCUAUAAAAUUGCCCUUUUGUUCCAGCAAAGCACUAUUAGGUCUCUAUCCCAAAGAAAUCUGCCAAAAAAGAGAAAACCUAUUUGUACAAAAAAUGUCACAGCUAUUUUUGUGAUGGAUAAGAACUGGAAUUUGAGGGGAUGUCCAUCAAUUGGGGAAAUGACUAAACAAGUUGUGCUAUAUGAUUGUAGUGAAAUAUUGUGCUAUAAGAAAUGACAAGCAGGAUACUUUCAGAAGAAAUUUGAAAAGACUGUAUUACAGGAACUGAUGCAAAAUGAAGUGAGCAGAACCAAGAGAACGUAGUACCCAAUAACAGCAAUAUUGUAUGAUGAAGAAUUGUGAAUGACUUGGGCAUUCUCAGCAAUACAAUUCCAAAUUCUAAAUGAUUCAUGGUGAGAAAAUGCUUUUUAUCUCCAGAGGAAAACAUUGAUGACAUCUCAAAAUUGACUAAAGCACACUAUUUUCACUUUUUUUUUUUUUUUGGUUCAAGUUUUCUUACACAAAAUAACUAAUAUGGAAAUAUUUUACAUGAAUGCAUAUAUAUAUAUAAAACAUCAGAUUGCUUACCAUCUCAUGGAGGAGGAAGAAUAUCAGGAAAUACUAUAUAGCACUGUAUGCCAGGAAAACUAUGAAAUUAAAGGUAAUGGAAAUUCAUCUAAAAAUAGUUAAUAUUGUCCACAUUGACAUAUGACUAUGAUGGAAAUACUAUUGUGCUAUAUAAAUGGGGGUGGAGGGGGGUGGGGGAGGUGAUUUCUGAAAAACAGCAGGACCUCCAUGAAUAUGAUACAAAGAACAAUCAGUAUAUCAUUGUGCACAGUAACAGCAAUAUUGUGAUGAUUCACUAAAAAUCAAGUGAGAGAGAUUGAGGAAAAACAAAGACAAACAAAGUCUUCUGAGUUCUAUAAAUUCUUUCUGGGCAUGUAACCAUUUAACAUUACUUUUUGAAGUAGAAGAGAUUUUUUUUUUUUAACUUCAUUGCCCUCCUCUGAAGAUGAAAGCAGAUCUUCCUUAUUCCCAUAGUAAGUUUUUAUGAUUGGGUUCUCUUUUUUUGUGUGUGUGUGUGAGAAGUACUAGUUUAAGUACCUCUAAUCCUGAGGUGGAAGACUGGUGCUUUUACUUUACUUCAGCUUUUCUCUGGGACUUAGAACCCUAUACCACAAUCUUCCCCCUCCCUUAAGUGCUCACAGUCAGCAGUGUCCCUGGCCCAGUGUAGCUGUACUCAUAGGUUAUGCUGGUUCCUUGUGUAGAGAAACUCUUUGCACUGACAAAGUAGAAAUUUGGGGAAUGGCCUAAUAAGUUAUGAUAUAUGAUUGUGCUGUAUAUACUACUGUGCUAUAAGAAAUGAUGAACUUGAUGGUUUCAGGUGGAAGAAAAUAGGGAAAGACUUGAAUGAAAUAAUAAAAAGUGAAAUGCACAAAUUAACUACAAAAUAAGAAUGAAGAUACUAUCCUCAUCCAGAGAAAAUUGAUAAACAGAAGUAUUUAUAUAAUGGUUUAUCAUGUAUAUGUAUGUAUGUGUAUUCACACAUAUUUGUAUCUAAUGGUAACCAUUUCUAGGGUAAGGGAAGAGAAGGAAAAAAAAAUGUGGAUAGCAUUUUUUUGUCAUGAGUCUUUUGGAACUAUCUUGGAUCAUUGUGUAGCUGAGAACAGCUAAGUCAUUCGCAUUUCAUUAUUGUAACGAUAUUGCUGCUAACUCCAUACAAUGUUCUUUUGCUUCUGCUCAGUUCACCUUGCAUCAGUUCAUGUAAGUCUUCCUACCUUUUUCUGCAGCAUAGUUAUGUUUUGUCAUUUCUUACAGCACAAUAAUAUUCCAUUACAUCAUAUUCCACAAUUUGUUUAGCUAUUCCCCAAUUGUUGGACAUCCCCUCAAUUUCUAAUUAUUUGGCACUACAAAAAUUUUUUGUACAAAUAGAUAUUUUUCCUUUCUUUUUUAAUCUCUUUGGUAUACAGACCUUCUACAAAAAGGGCUGCUACAAACAUUUUUGCAAAUGUGGGUCCCUUUUCCUCCUUUAUGAUCUCUUAGGGAUAUAGACCCAGUAGAAACACUGCUGGAUCAAAGAGUAUACACACUUUUAUGGCCCUUUGGGCAUAAUUCCAAAUUUCCAGAAUGGUUGGAUCAGUUCACAACUCUAUCAACAAUGCAUUAGUGUCCCAAUUUUCUCAUACCCCUCCAACAUUUAUCAUUUUUCAUUUCAUCUUAUUAAUCAAACUGAGGUGGUAUCUCAGUUGUUUUAAUAUGCAUUUCUCUAAUCAAUAUUAAUAUAGAGCAUUUUUUCAUGUGACUAGAUAACUUUGAUUUCUUCAUCUGAAAACUGCCUAUUCAUAUCCUUUGACCAUUUUUCAGUUGGGGAAUGAUUUGUUUUUUUGUUUUUUUUUUUUUUUAAUUAAAGCUUUUUAUUGUCAAAACAUGUGGUUGGAUAAUUUUUGACAUUCACCCUUAUAAAAUCUUGUGUUCCAAAUUUUUCCCCUCCAUUACACAGCAAGUAAUUCAAUAUAUGUUAAACAUGUGCCAUUCUUCUAUACAUAUUUCCACAAUUAUAGCAUGUUGCACAAGAAAAAUCAGAUCAAAAAGGAAAAAAAUGUGAAAGAAAAAAAUGCAAGCAAACAACAACAAAAAGAGUGAAAAUACUACGUUGUGAUCCAUACUCAGUGUCCACUCUCUGCGUGCUGAUGGCUCUCUUCAUCACAAGACCAUUGGAACUGGCCUGAAUCAUCUCAUUGUUGAAAAGUGAUGUCCAUCAGAAUGGAUCACCAUAUAACCUUGUUGCCAUGUAUAAUGAUCUGGUUCUGCUUACCACAGCCUGUAGUAAAAGGGUUGCCACAAACAUUUCUGCACAUGUGGGUCCCUUUCCCUCCUUUAAGAUCUCUUUGGGAUAUGAGCCCAGUAAAAAUAUGGCUGAAUCCAAGGGUGGGCACAGUUUGAAAGCCCUUUGAGUAUAGUUCCAGAAUGGUUGGAUCAGUUCAUAACUCCACCAACAACGUAUUAGUGUCGGAAGGGAAAAAUCAGAACAGAAGUGAGUGCAAGGGAUAAUGUAAAAAAUUAUCCUAGCAUGGGUUCUGUCAAUAAAAAGUUAUUUUUUAAAAAAAUGUAUUAGUGUCCCAAUUUUCCUACAUCCCUUUCAAUAUUUAUCAUUAUCUUUUCCUGUCAUUUUAGCCAAUCUGAGAGGCGUGUAGUGGUACCUCAGAGUUGUCUUAAUUUGCAUUUCUCUGAUCAACAGUGACUUAGAGAACCUUUUCAUAUGACUAGAAAUGGUUUCAAUUUCUUUAUUUGAAAAUUGUUCAUAUCCUUUGACCAUUUAUCAAUUGGAAAAUGGUUUGAAUUCUUAUAAAUUUAAAUCAAUUCUCUAUAUUUUAGAAAUAAAGCCUUUAUUAGAACCACUUUAUUGCUUCUCUUCUAAUCUUGUCUGCAUUUGUUUUGUUGGUACAAAAAUUUUUUAACUUAAGAUAGUCAAAAUUAUCCAUUAUGUAUUCAGUAACGUACUCCAGUUCUUCUUUGGCCACAAAUUCCUUCCUUCUCCGCAGAUCUGAGAGGUAAACUAUCCUUUGUUCCAAUUUGCUUAAAAUAUCACUCUUUAUGUCUAAAUCAUGAACCCAUUUCAGCCUUAUCUUGGCAGGUUUCAGGUGUGGGUCAAUGCGUAAUUUCUGCCAUACGAGUUUCCGAUUUUCCCAGCAGAUUUUGUCAAAUAGUGAGAGUUCUUUUCGCAAAAGCUGGAGUCUUUGAGUUUGUCAAAUCAAAUGAUUACUAUAGUCAUUGACUAUUUUGUCCUGUGAACCUAACCUAUUCCACUGAUUUCACUACUCUUUUUCUUAGCCAGUACCAAAUGGUUUUGAUGACCAUUGCUUUAUAAUACAGUUUUAGGUCUGGUACAGCUAAGCCACCUUCAUUUGCAUUUUUUUCAUUAAUUCUCUUAAAAUUCUUGACCUUAUGUUUUUCUAGAUGAACUUUGUUAUUAUUUUUUCUAGCUCUGUAAAUUAAUUUCUUGAGAGUUUGAUUGGUAUGGCAUUGAGGAAGUAGAUUAAUUUAGGUAGUAUUGAAUGAUUUGUAUUAUUAUAAAUUUAAUUAGUUCUCUAUAAACUUAAGAAAUGAGGAGUUUAUUAGAGACAUUUGCUAUAAUUUUCCCAGCUGUCUGCUUUCCUUCUAAUCUUGAUUGCAUUGUUGUUGGGGGGGUGGGAGGGUGUGCAAAAUCUUUUUAAUUUAUUAUAAUUAAAAUGAUCAUUUUAACAUUUUGUAAUGCUCUUUUAUCUCUUGCUUGGUCAUAAAUUCUUAAUCAUUUCUUGCCCUACUAAUUUGCUUGUGAUAUCAUCCUUUAUGUUUAAAUCAUGUACGCAUUUUGAUAUUUUCUUGGUAUGUAAUAUAAUCAGUGUUAAUCUAUGUCUAAUUUCUGCUAUAUUAUUUUCCAAUUUUCCCAGUAGUUUUUUCAAAAAGUGAGGUUUUUAUCCUAGAACCUGGGGUCUUUAGGUAUUUCAAAUACUAAGUUACUAUGGUCAUUUACUACUGUGUCUUAUGUACCUAAUCUAUUCCACUGAUCUACUACUCUGUUUCUUAGUGUGAGAUAAUUUUGAUGGUUAUUGCUUUAUAAUACAGUUUGGGAUCUGGUAUUGCUAGGCCCACCUUCCUUUGUGGUUUUUUUUUUCAUUAAUUUCCUUGAUAUUCUUGACUUUUUUUUCUUCCAGGUAAAUUUUAUUAUUUCUUCUACCUCUAUAAAUAUUUUUUGGUCGUUUGAUUGAUAUGGAACUGAAUAAAUUAUCUGACAGGCAGAAUUGUCAUUUAUAUUAUAUUGACCCAACUUACCCAUGAGAAUUAAUAUUUUAACAAUUGUUUAUAUUUGACUUUAUGUGGAAAAUGCUCAUUAAUGUUUUUAAUAGGAAUGAAUUGUAUUUUGUCAAAAGCUUUUUCUGUAUCUACUAAGAGAAUCAUGUUAUUUCUGUUAUUUUUGUUAUUGAUAUCAUUUAUGCUAUCCUACUAGUAAAGCAGCUCUACGUUCUUGAUGUAAAUUUCACUUGAUCAUUGUGUAAUGCUCCUUGUAACAUAUUUCUGCAGUCUCCUUGCUGUUUUAAUGUUAAGUUGCUUAUUUAAGUUUUUUGCAUCAAUAUUCAUUAGGGAAAUUGGUCAUUAGGUUUUUUUUUUCUAUUUUGGCUUUUCCUGGGUUAGAUAUCAGUACCAAGGUUAUGUCAUAAAAGGAAUUUGAUAGGAUUUCCUCACUUAGUUUUCCAAAUAGUUUAUAUAGUAUUGAAAUAACUUGUCGUUUAAAUUUUUGGUAGGAUUUUUAUUACUGUUUAUAGCAACUAUUUUAGCCAUAAUGGCCAUUUUGCCAAAAUAUUAAAACAAAGUCGGAAUGUGUCAUAGAAUGUUAUUAUAUAGUAAAGAAUAAACACUAAGGAAUUCUAAGAAACAUGGGAAGAUGUAUAUGAACUGAUAAAAGCAAAAUCAGCAGAACCAAGAGAAUAAUAUACAUAAUGACUAAAUUAAAUUAAAAGAUUACUAAAAGAAAGCCAAAUUCUGAAUAACAAGAGGAAAAUUAUUGAACGUUCCAAAGGUCAGAUGAUGAAAUAUAACACCAUCUUGCCAGAGAGGCCAGAGGUUACUAGAAUUAAAUAUUUAUAUAAAUAUAAAUAUAUAACUAGCAUAAAAUCAUGUGCACCUGUUUCCAAGGAAGACAACAUUUACUAAGAAUCAUUAGGCUUAGGAGAUCAUUAUGUACUUAAACAACAAUACUAUAUGAUGAUCAAUUCUGAUGGACCUGGCCAUCUUCAGCAAUGAGAUGAACCAAUUCAGUUCCAAUGGAGCAAUAAUGAACUGAACCAGCUACACCCAGCGAAACAACUCUGGGAGAUGACUGAGAACCAUUACAUUGAAUUCCCAAUCACUAUAUUUUUGCCUGCCUGCAUUUUGGAUUUCCUACACAGGCUAAUUGCACAAUAUUUCAGAGUCCGAUUCUUUUUAUACAGCAAAAUAACGGUUUGGUCAUGUAUACUUAUUUUGUAUUUAAUUUAUACUUUAAUAUAUUUAACAUCUACUGGUCAUCCUGCCAUCUAGGGGAGGGGGUGGGGGAAGGAGGGGAAAAAUUGGAACAAAAGGUUUGGCAAUUGUCAAUGCUGUAAAAUUACCCAUGCAUAUAACUUGUAAAUAAAAAGCUAUUAAAAAAAAAAAAGAAGAAGAAGAAGAAUCAUCAUUAGGCCUGGAGGAGUAAGUUUGUAUUUUGAGAUCAUACCUUUUGAAAUAAACAUUGUUUUGUAAAA